GGCGUCCUAAUUUCUGCUUUCUCACGAGAGAAAAAAAAAAGAAUAAUAAACAGAAAAUAGAAAAGAAGAGUAAAAAAAAUGAAUGGAAAUGAUACUAAAAACAAAUGAACAAAAAAUUCCAUAUAAAAUCCAACCACAGUUAUCAUCUUCCACUCUCUCCAAUUGGUAACUAAAGGAAAUUCGAGAAAAGGUUCUCCUUUUCUCGAUUCCCCUUUGCUUCUUUGCAUAAAGAGUAGUAUCUGUAAGUUUGCAAGUAUUUCUGUAUCUGCUGAGAUGGAUGUGACCUCCCAAUCAGCAGCUGAAUCGGACGUCAACGCUACUGCCGCCGCCGCCGCCUCCGAGCGGACGGAGGCGCCGCCGGCGUACAUCUCGAUGGUGGAUCCGUUUCUGGUGGAGGCUCUUCAAAACCCUCGUCAUCGAUUGACUAUUUUACGUAUGGAGCUCGAUAUCCAGAAAUUCCUUCAGAAUCCCGAUUUGCAGCUGUUCGAGUUUCCACACUUCCCUACUUCUUACCUCCGUCUUGCAGCUCACCGUGUUGCUCAACACUAUGGUCUGCAGACUACGGUUCAAGAUAGCUCUGCAGAUGGUAUACGGAUUUUGGUCAUUAGAAAACCAGAAAGCAAAUUCCCUUCUGUUUCCCUUUCUGAUGUACCAGCUAAAGAGUCUGAAAAUGACAAACUUGACAAAAUCAAGGUUGUCCUAAAGCCUAGGCCCAAAGCUUCCUCGAACGAUGCCAGUGAUUCGGGCCAUAAACGGAGCCCUGUGAGAUCUGUGGAAGAGAGGAAGGAGGAUUAUGACAGAGCCCGGGCCCGGAUUUUUAGUAGCUCUGAUUUGGGGGAUGUUUCGGUCCAAGCUGUUUCGGAUGGAAGGAGUUUGAAUAAUUCCAGUGAGGAUGAAGUUCGUAGAAUUGUUAGUGUUGAUGGGGAGAAAAGCAUCAAGGAAAUAGGAAAUAGUUGUGCUUCGAGGGUAGCGAUUUUUAGGGACAGAGAGAAGGACCGAACAGACCCUGAUUAUGAUCGAAGCUAUGACAGAUAUGUCAAAAGCAUGCCAAAUGUGCAGAGUUUCAAUCCAGCACCUUUUAAUAUGCCGAGCUUCAUCCCUCCAUUUGUCCAUUAUGAUUCGGUUUAUCCUCAAUUGGGUCAAAUGCAUGCACCUCAGCCUGCUCUCAACUACAGAGGCCCGUUAAUGAGCCCGUAUUGUACUGUGGGCUUCAAUCAGACUUCGAGGGACCCUUUGUAUAUGCAGUGGCCCACUCAAUCCCUGAUGUAUGCUCAGUCGUAUGCUCAUUUAAGAAAUGGGGUUUUCCAGGCUCCUACCUGUCAGCAGCCUCUCAGUUUCGAUUACUCCCAGACACAGAUGUAAUGGUCCUAGGAAAUCUUUCUGUUUAGGUUAAAAUAUAGUGUUGAAGACAGUUGGUACUUGGUGUGUUGUGUUUUGUUUACUGUUUUGUUGCGAUUUUUCGACUAUUCUUGUAAACUUGUUUGUAGGGAGACUGGGAUUUUAAUGUUUUGACAGUUUGUUGGUUUUGUUGUGUCUGUACUAGAAAGUAACUAUUUCAGUGUUUUUUUUUUUNAGAGUACUUUUAGAGUUGUUUUACAUAAUUAUUUGAAGUUACAGCUGCAUUCACAUUUGGUCAAUUUGAAGAAGUGAUUAUGGGAU